AUGACAGAAAGUGGUGGGCAGGAACAGUCAAGAUGGAUAACAACAGUUAUUAUGAGUACAGCUCUGCAGAAUCAUGAAAUUUCUACAAUUCUACAGAGGCAACAACACCGAGUUCGAUAUUCAGAAUCGGUGGAAAUUGGAUCCGUGAUUUUUUCUCUUUCUGGUGUUGCAUUUAUACUGGUAGACACUCAAGACUUGCUUAUGACAGGGGAGGAACAGUUUUUCAAAAGAAUUCAGAAGUUCAUAAACAUUCAUCGGAACAGUUUUUUGGUUUUGUCAGCUGCUCUUCAUGGACCAGAAGAAUGGAAUGUCAUGUUUAGGAUUCAGAGAAGAUUUCUGGGCAGUAAUUUACGUAUAAUACCAGCUCAUAAUGCUGCUGAAACUGUUAAGUUAAUGCUGACUAUAGCUAAGGUAACUUCCAAGCCGCAAGCAGAUGACAUUCGUUACAAAAUGGCAAUGAUAAAAGCCCAAAUAAUGGAAAACAGUCCAGUUUGGAAGAUGCAUCAGGAGUACCAGUUGCAUUGUAAUUAA